AUGGAGACAUAAAAUACUAGGAGUGGACCUCUAGUGAAUAUAGUGUCCUGUUCUGGAUGUGUGUGAUGGUGACCUCCAUGUGAUGGCGAGUUACGGCAGAGCUGCCCAGCAAUGGGCCACGUUCUCCCGGGUAUGGCAUGUUAUUGAUGCCAGGAUGCAGCCGCCAGGGAAGAUCGCAUCGCUAUGCUCCACCCACCUGCAGGGGAUACACAAGCCGGUCUACCACGCUCUGAGUGACUGCGGAGACCACGUGGUAGUGAAGAACACCCGACACAUCGCCUUCUCCGGGAAUAAGUGGGAACAGAAAGUUUACUCCUCGCACACGGGUUAUCCUGGAGGUUUCAAACAAGUCACUGCAGCUAAACUUCAUCGGAAAGACCCGACCGCUAUUAUUAAACUGGCAGUUUAUGGGAUGUUGCCGAAAAACCUUCACAGGAAGACCUUUAUGCAGAGACUGCACUUAUUCCCUGAAGAGGACAUUCCUGAAGACAUCUUGAGGAAUCUUGUUGAUGAAAUUAAGCAACCCAGAGCCAUUCCCCGAAGGCUGGAUGAGUACACAGAGGAGGAGAUUGAAGCCUAUCCAAAGCUCUGGAUUCCGAGUCCCGAAUACUUGCCAAAAUAGUGUGGACAUCACUGCCAUCGUCACCACCAUCUUGGAUUUAUUUCUAUGUAAUUGCCAUGACGGAGGUCAAUUGGUAUAACACAGAAGCCAGGAAUGCAAAUAUAUAAUUUUUUAUGUUAAUAUGUCUUU